UGAUGCCCUUUUCCUUUUCUUUAGGCUUCACUUGAAUGUGGUUUUGGCCCUAGAAUGCUCCUUUCUUCUUGUUGAGCUUCUUAUGAAUCAUCUGUUCCAAUGUCAAGUGCUGAGUCGGAGUCAGACUGCUCCUGACUAUGUUACCUGGAUACGACGACACAGCUAGACAUGGAUACUAGAUUAGACUAUUCAUGACCCUCUCAUUUGUUCCCUCUUCCUCCUUCCAAGUCCCAACAAACGCAUGCCUAUUCUUCUUUUGCAUUGGAAGAGGAUGAGGUUGCUAAACAGAUAGGCCCAUUCUGGCUGCUGCAUGUGGAUAAUGUGUCCUUGCUGGAAAUGAAACUGUAGUAAUCGUGCAAACUACACAAACCCACAUAUAGAUAGAUUGUGCAGAUUUGUGUGCGCAAAUGUGUUUGUAAAGAAGCAAGUAAAAUGCCAUAUUGAGAGGUCAGACAUGGAAAUAUGAAGAUGAAGAAGCUCUUGAAUAGCCAAGGAAUAAAUUUUCAUUAUGCUCGUGUGUACUACUAUCCCUACAACAUAUAUAAGGAGUUCUCAUCGCAAUGCGAUAAACCUUCCUCAGAGAUAAGUAGGAAGGCUAAUUUCUCUGUGAACGGGGAUAACCAAGAGGAAGGUGCAAUAGCUGGAGUGGAUGAUAUUUGCCACAUUUUAGCAAGUGGCCCUUGGAGUUCUGCCUUAGAAAAUUCUCUAUUGCAGCUACAUGAAAAACCUCAACAACAGUUAGUGAUUGGAGUUCUACAUAGACUGAAAGAUUUUAGGUUAGCAAUAAACUAUUUCCGAUGGGCUGAGAGGAAAAGUAACCAAGUGCAAAGUCCUGAAGCAUAUGAUUUAUUGCUCAGAAUAAUGGCUAACAGUAAAAACUUUGGCAGCUUGGAGUGUAUUCUGGAGGAAAUGAGUCUGUGUGGAUAUGGACUCUCAAAUAACACCUGUAUUGAGUUAGUCAUGAACUGUGUGAAGUCUCGGAUGCUGAUGGAAGCUUUCAAUCUGAUGCAAAUCUUGCAGAAGUUCAAAUUUCGUCCUGCAUUUUCAGCUUAUACAAUUCUAAUUGGUGCUAUGGCUGAGUUUCGCAAACCAGAUCUUGCACUCUCUCUUUUUCAUCAAAUGCAGGAGAUUGGCUAUGAAGUCAAUGUGCAUUUAUUUACAACUCUUGUCCGUGCUUUUGCCAAGGAAAGCCGGAUUGAUGCAGCUCUUUCCUUACUGGAUGAAAUGAGGAGAAACUCUUUUGAAGCAGACAUUGUUCUUUAUAAUGUCUGUAUAGACUGCUUUGGCAAGGUUGGUAAGCUGGAUAUGGCUUGGAAAUUUUUCCAUGAGAUGAAAGCUCAAGGUCUUGUGCCAGAUGAUGUGACAUAUACUAGCAUGAUAGGGGUUCUUUGCAAAGCUAAGAGGCUGGAUGAAUCUGUGGAGUUAUUUGAACAGAUGGAACUGAACAGGAAUGUCCCCUGUGCAUAUGCUUAUAACACCAUGAUCAUGGGCUAUGGCUCUGCUGGGAAGUUUGAUGAAGCUUAUGAAUUACUUGAACGACAGAAAGGAAAGGGGAGCAUCCCAAGCGUGAUUGCAUAUAAUUGCAUCCUUACUUGCCUUGGCAAGAAGGAGAGAGUAAAUGAGGCUCUUAGGAUCUUCGAGGAGAUGAAGAAAGAUGCAGUACCCAAUCUUUCGACCUAUAAUAUUCUUAUAGACAUGCUCUGCAGGGCAGGGAAACUUGACGUUGCUUUUGGGAUUAGGGAUUGCAUGGAAGCAGCUGGUUUGUUUCCUAAUGUCUUGACCAUAAACAUAAUGGUUGACCGGCUUUGUAAAGCAGGAAAGAUAGAUGAAGCUUGCAGUAUCUUUGAAAACAUGGAUCAGAAGGGUUGCAAACCAAAUGCAACUACAUUCUGUUCAUUGAUCGAUGGGUUGGGUAGACAAGGUAGGGUUGAUGAUGCUUACAGGUUGUUUGAAAGAAUGUUGGAUGAAGGUGAGAUUCCAAAUGCUGUUGUCUACACAUCCCUCAUUAGAAACUUCUUCAAGUGUGGCAGGAAUGAGGAUGGGCACAAAAUUUACAAAGAAAUGAUCCGUCAAGGAUGUUCUCCUGAUCUGACCCUUCUUAAUACCUAUAUGGAUUGUGUUUUCAAGGCUGGUGAAACUGACAAGGGCAGGGCUUUAUUUGAGGAAAUCAGGAGCAGGGGUUUAGUUCCAGAUGUGCAAAGCUACUCUGUUCUAAUCCAUGGCCUUGUGAAAGCUGGCCAUGCAAAAGAGACCUAUAAGUUGUUUUAUGCAAUGAAGGAACAAGGCUAUAUUCUCGAUACCCGUGCUUAUAACACAGUCAUUAAUGGUCUCUGCAAGUCAGGUCAAGUGAACAAAGCUUACCAGCUAUUGGAUGAAAUGAAGGCAAAAGGCCUUCAACCCACAGUAGUUACGUAUGGUUCAAUCAUUGAUGGGCUUGCAAAGAUAGACAGGCUUGAUGAGGCAUACAUGCUCUUUGAAGAAGCAAAAUCAAAACAAAUAGAAUUAAAUGUUAUUAUUUAUAACAGUCUUAUUGAUGGCUUUGGAAAAGUUGGUAGAAUUGAUGAAGCAUAUCUAAUCAUGGAAGAGUUGAUGCAAAAGGGUUUGACACCUACUAUAUGCACGUGGAACUGCCUACUUGAUGCAUUGGUGAAGGCAGAGGAAAUCAAUGAAGCUCUUGUUUGCUUUCAAUCCAUGAAAGACUUGAAAUGCUCUCCUAACAACAUUACUUACAGUAUUAUCAUAAAUGGAUUAUGUCGAGUUCAGAAGUUCAACAAAGCCUUGUUUUUUUUGCAAGAGAUGCAGAAGCAAGGAUUAAAACCUAAUGUAAUCACCUACACCACCAUGAUUUCUGGUCUUGCUAAGGCUGGGAACAUAACUGAAGCUAAUUGGCUCUUUGAGAGGUUCAAGGCAAGUGGAGGGAAACCUGACUCUGCUAGUUAUAAUGCUUUGAUAGAAGGGUUAAGCAAUGCUAAUAGGGCCAUGGAUGCAUAUGCAUUUUUUGAGGAGACUCGCUUAAAAGGUUUUAACAUCCAUGCGAAGACAUGCAUUGUUCUUUUGGAUGCAUUGCACAAGGCUGAACGUAUUGAAGAGGCAGCAAUAGUUGGUGCCGUGUUAAAGGAAACAGCAAGGUCUCACCACGCUUCAAGAUCUUUUAAGUUGUAAGAUAUGGGUUGAAAAUUUUCCAGCUUGCUGGAGGAAUUCAGUUUUCUCUUAUCAUGGUCCUUCAAAGUGGCACAAUUUCUCCCUAUUGAGUUCUUGCUGAAGGACUGCAUUACUGAACCUGCUUCAUUUCAAGCUACGCCAUCUUCAGUGGAAGCGGGUUUUGGUACCCUCUUUAGGCGUGAACACCUACAUUGGGAGCUACACGUGUGGAUUCCGUAUCAGGAGGGACAGUAACCCUAACUGGGGACCCCUUUGAAGCUGAGCGCCUGGCUGUUUAGAGAGCUCUUCUUUUGCUCAAGCCCAGGACUGGAAGAUAGUGACCAUGUUUCAGACUCUCAUCUUCUGAUGCAGUCAUAAUGGGGAUGAAACGAUUUUAUGGAAGGACAAGAUUCAUGUGGUCAGUCCCAUAUGGUCGGGGCAAACCUUAGAUGAAAAUGAUACUGUACAGGAGAAAUUUGAAUGAUUGGGAAGCUGAAGUCAUAGCAGAAAUGCUCAUCAAAAUCCACAAGGAGAAACCUUGCAAAAAUCAAGAUGAAAGCAAAUUUUGUGCGGGACAACAAAUUGGGAUCUUUUACUCCUGGAUCCUUCUUCAAGCAGCUUGAUAACGCUGAGGUUAGCACUUUUCCUAGCUCCAAGAUAUUGAUGACCUUCCCUGGAAGGAUGUGUAUUCUUUGGUCCUUGGUAGGGACAUCAGUGUUUGAGAAGGGCCUAACAAAGGAUAACUUAAGCAGGAGAGUGAUGACAUUGACACUGUAGUCUGUUUUGUGUUCAAUAGCAACAGGAACAGCAUAUCACCCUUUUAUCCACUGCAAUGUGUCAAAUCAAGUAUGAGUGUAAUUUCAUGGAAUCUUUGGAGUUAAAGGUUGCUCCCAAUCUACAAUUGAACCUCUUCUCCAACGCUGUGGUAUCUGAAAGGUUUGAGCAAAAGAGGAAAGAUCAUAUUGGAAAAUAAACCAUCCUUGAUUUUAUGAAUCAUUUUGGGGGAUAGAUGCUCAUAUAUGUAUGCACAACUAAGUGAAGGCAAUGGGUAUUCUUUUGUUCUUUUGGCUGUCGGUUCACCAAUCCUUUGAAGAAUACCAUGCAACUCAUUUUUCAUUCAUGAAAUUUUAUUCUUCACAUGUACUUCUUGAUUUUGUACGUUUCCACUGAACAGCACCUUGGUGUACAUGAGUGCUGACUUUUUGCAAUAAUUUUGUCAUAUGGAAAUGAAACUCUAGGAGCAGCCUUGUCAUUUAUCUUACUUUUGGUACCUCAUCCCUAGUUUUGCAAACAUAAUAGCUCUAUUGUCACCAUUUUUGAAAUAGAGUGUUCCUUUCACAUGGAAAAUUAUACAGUAAGCUUUUCAGAGAGUGAAGCAGGUCUUGGUGCAGACAACGACUAUGUUCUUUCCAAUUCAUAGCAAACCACUGAAACUCUAGGUGGGAUCUGCUACAAACGAGACAUGUACAAUGGGCUACGUCAGUCACACAAUCAAAGAUGCUGAGAAAUGAUAGACCAGAAUCAAGCAGUGUGAGUUGCCCAAAUGCAUAACAGGACAAGCUCUAGAGAACAUCAUGAUAAAGUUUUCUAGUACAUAGUCAUAUUAGCCGCACUUGGAAAUUAAGGAUGUGAUUCUAGAAGCCUUGGCAAUGGAAUUUGUUAGGUUCUAAUUUUUUGGCUCAUUGAAGAAUCUGAAAUGGUUACAUUUGUCUCAACUCUUAAGCAAUCUUGGUGUAAGCUAGGAUUGGUGAUUUCCCUAACAAUGGUUUAAAAUAAUAAAUGAUGAUUUGCAUC